CUCAACUUGCGUACGUCGGUUUCAAAGCGCCGAAAGAAAGGGAAAGUACCCGGGACAUCGAAGCAUGGGAGCCUAGCAUGCUCUCAGUCCGCGGAAAGCGACUGAACGCAUACGAGAAACGAUCCUUCGCAACGAUCUGUCGUGCAUUCGUGGAGAUCGCGAUCGAGAUUCGUGGUGUGCACUACUGGAAUUAUCAUUCGUAGGACACUUACGUUCUGAUCGGUGAGAUUUUUCCAUGACGCAGAUCAUGCCGGAUCGAAAAAUGGAAUCGUUCGAUUAACCAAUUACACACGAAGGAAUAUAUCAAUCAUGAUUCUAAACACGUAUUGGAUUCGUGGAAUCGAAUUAUCCGAAGGAGGCGCAGAUGCUUCAGAAUUUCUGAGUGCCUGACAUUUUGGCCAAUUAGGAGGAGUCACGAUGUUGGAUCCAGUUCUUGGAAUAUCGACGUACCGAUCGCGGAGUACUUUCGCCAAGUGGCGUGUAGUGGGGGAGGUAGGACUUGAACCCUGAGACCCCAUGGGCCAUAUAUACUACGGUUCCAUGCAGCUCUCUUGCUACUUAGUGUCAGCUUCUCGACGAUCCUUGUUGUUUCACAGGGGAGAUACAUCGAAGGAGGAAGGAUCGAUCUUGUAAAAGAUGAAUCUAUUCGUAGUUCUCGCCUUGAUAAAGUUGGCGUCGGGGGAUCCGGGGGGGCUUCUCAGAGUUCCCAAAGUGUACAACGCCGUGAUAACGAGCAAUCAAAAUUUAUCCCCGUCUAGAGCAUACCCGGUAAUUCAACCCGUGAUUCAUCGAACGGCGAUCGGUUACGUGCCACCUGUUUAUUACACCCAAGUGGCGCCUCAUUUAGCCGGGCCGGAAGUGGUGCAUCUUUCCCAACGGGUGUCGAAACAACCGAACGACGUUCAAACAGCUCCCUCGUCCAUCGAACAGUCCAAGUCGAUCGACAAAACGGAAUCGACAAAUCCGAACGACGAAGAAGAAGUGGGCGAUAAAGGUGUCUCGAAGUCGGGAUCGAAGGGGAAGAGCGGGGACCAGGAGCCUCUCAGCUUUUAUCCCAAUUACCAAUCCUUGUAUUACGACCCUUAUUUCUACACGUACAGCGGAUUCAAUCCUCACCUUGUUCCCGGCACGUACUACGUGGACUAUCAACCCUACGGCACCCUCGAACCUAUCCCUGCAACCACGCCGAGAAACGGGCUCACAGAACAUCUGCUCCCAGCCUAUCACGAGGAGAAGAAACUCCCUGGAAAGGAGGAGAAGGAGAAAAUACCGGAUGUACCGCCGCCACCCCUUCCAACAGCUGUGCCGAAAAGUUCUUGAAGCGGAACCGGUCCGACGAGGUUCGUUUUCGUGUCACGUUUGAAGCCCACGAUCAGACUGAUUAUCAUCAUAGAGACCGGCGAGAUCGGCGAAGUGAAGUUAACGAGAGACAAUUAAUUUCAACGAUCAUUGUAUAUAAAUUGCAUAACGUGGAUCGAUCAAGGAAAGGGUGAUUUGGGAGGGAUGGUACACAGUUACUUUUUUCACGAUUAUUUAUGAAUAACACUUUAUCAAGUAACUUAUGGUCUUAACAUCUAACAUUUUAUAUAUACAUUCGCUAUGGCAGAUUUGCACUUUUUUUUUUUUUUUUACUCGCGUGACAUAU